AUGCCUCCGCCGUUACCGUCGCAGCACCGCGGCAUGACCGCCAACCCGCUCAAGCCCGUCCGUCGCUAUCGGCCCGGCAAGCCCGUCGCGGAGGAGCCGUCGUCCUCGGAGGAGGAGGAAGAGGAAGACGAGGAGCAGAUCAAGGAGCAGGAGCGGCGCCGGCAGGAGCAGCAGCGACGUCUGAAACAGCGUGCGGCGCCGCCGAAGGCGAGCUCGUUUCCUGCCGCUGCCGCGGCGGGGAAGAUCACACAGGGAGUGCGCGAUGUGAAGAUCGAGCCGGAAGACGAGGACGAGGAGGGGUUCGUGACGGAAGAGGAGGAAGAGGAGAAGGAACAAGCGCAGCCGUCUGCGGUGGCCCCUCGCGUUGCUGGCGACAGGGUCGAGGCCCCCGCGGCGAGAAAGAGUGAAGAAGAAGAGGAGGAAGAAUCUGAAGAGGAAGAGAGCUCCGAGGAGGAAAGCAGUUCCGAAGAUGAGGCCCCGCGCCGGGUUCUCCUACGACCUACGUUCAUUAAGAAGGACAAGCGCAAUGCCGCGACGGCCCAGGGGCAGGCCUCCGAGACACCAGGGAAACCCGCUCACACGGCGGCGGCGGAUUCGGCGGCGGAGGCCGAGGCGCGCCGCGCACAGCGCCAGGAGAAGGCCAAUGCGUUGAUUCGCGAGCAGCUGGAGAAGGACGCCAUCGCGCGGAGCGCGGCGAACAAGGCCUGGGAUGACGACGAGCAGGAGGCGGCCGAGGAGGGCGCGAUCGACGACCGCGACGGCGUCGACCCGGAGGCUGAGUACGCGGCGUGGAAGCUGCGCGAGCUGAAACGCAUCAAGCGCGAGCGCGAGGCCAUCGAGGCGGCCGAGAAGGAGCGCGAGGAGGUCGAGCGUCGGCGCAACUUGACGGCGGAGGAGCGUGAGCGCGAGGACCGCGAGUUCAUCGCCAAGCAGAAGGAGGAGAAGGCCGCGUCGCGCGGUGACACUGGGUACAUGAAGCGAUACUUCCACAAGGGCGCGUUUUUCCGCGACGAUCUGGAGCGCGAAGGGCUGGAUAAGAGAGACAUCAUGGGCUCGAAAUUCGUGGACGAAGUGUCGCGCGAGACGCUGCCUGAAUACAUGCAGAUCCGCGACAUGACGAAACUCGGAAAGAAGGGUCGCACGCGCUACAAGGACUUGAAGUCGGAAGAUACAGGUCGCUUUGGAGAAGGCUUUGACAAUCGCCGCCGUCACGAUUUUGCCCCGACUGGUGUUACAGACGAACGGUUCCUGCCAGACCGCGGCGACGACCGACCCCGGGGACCUACUGGGGCCAAUGCCAGUGCUGUCCGGGAGCGACGGAGGUCCAGAUCGCGGUCAUACUCUCCCCGACGAGACCGUCGCGAGGGAGAUCGCGGGGGCAACCGCUACCGGCCGGAGGACAGCAGUCGGAGAAAACGAAGCCCUUCACCUUACGAAGAUCGCGAGAAGCGACGACGGACCGAGGAAGUCGCAUAG